CAAUUAAUUAACGCCAAACCUAACCAUCUUAUACCUCGCAACAAAAAACGCUUUUCUCCAGUUUCACUCUCUAUCCCAACUCGCAAGAGCAAGAAGAGAGGGAACUGAAGAGGGAGAUCUGAUGUACUUGCUUGCGGAUCUUAAUUUUAUUCAGAAACAUGAUGAUUGCUUUAGAGCAUAAAGAUGCAGAUACUAUGCAGAGGAAUCAUGAGGCAUCCAUGAAAUGCCUCCAAAACAAGGGUUACCCCUGCACUCUGCAAAAUAAUACUACAUAUGUUGAAGGUUUUCCAAAGAUCCAAAAUGGGCUGGGUGCUCGGCCAUGUGGUAAUGUCAUCGAUCAGGAUUGCUUGGCAAGCAGUGAGCCUCUAGAAUCUUCAGAAGAAUGUACACAACGGCCUAUCUAUCAUCAUGACUUUGGCUCUUGGUCUGCCAAUCCUGACUCUAAAAGUGUUUCACUAGGCCAACUGAAUGCCUUUCGGGGACAAUUGAACCCCUUUGCAGUAAAUUACAGAUUCCAGUAUGCACCAGUGAACAUGUUCCCUCAAAAUUACCCUUAUGAUUACCAAUUCCAAGAUUUUCAAUAUUUUGUUGUGAUUGAUUUUGAGGCCACAUGUGACAAAGAAAAAAAUCCACAUCCACAAGAGAUAAUUGAGUUCCCAUCUGUAAUAGUGAGCAGCAUUACUGGGCAGCUGGAAGCUUGUUUUCAAACAUAUGUGCGGCCGACAUGCAACCAAAUCCUGAGUGAUUUCUGCAAAGAUCUGACUGGCAUACAGCAAAUUCAGGUGGACAGGGGAGUAACACUAAGUGAAGCUCUUCUUAGACAUGACAAAUGGCUUGAAAAGAAGGGAAUUAAAAACACCAAUUUUGCUGUUGUAACGUGGUCUAACUGGGAUUGCCGGGUGAUGUUGGAAUCUGAGUGCCGUUACAAAAAAAUUAGGAAGCCCCCGUAUUUCAACCGAUGGAUCAACUUGAGGGUUCCUUUUCAUGAGGUCUUUGGUGGAGUUAGAUGCAACCUGAAAGAAGCAGUGGAGAAGGCUGGUCUUGCCUGGCAAGGUCGCGCUCACUGUGGUCUAGAUGAUGCCAAAAACACUGCCCGCCUACUUGCCUUGAUUAUGCAUAAGGGCUUUAAAUUCUCAAUUACCAACUCACUAACUUACCAGAGCAGUGAUGGUACCUUCACAUGGAAGCCAAUACAAGAAAAACCUCUUUACGUUUCACCUCAACCUCAGAAACUUCAGGAGCUGCAGCCUCCGCUACUGCAGUAUCAUCGCUAUUGUUAUUGUGGGGUGACAAGCAGCAAAGUAAUGGUCCGCAAACCGGGUCCUAAGCAAGGAAGCCUUUUCUUUGGAUGUGGAAACUGGACUGCUGCUAGAGGUGCUCGUUGCCAAUACUUUGAAUGGGCUUCUCCAUAACUCACUGGGGUGCAUAGAAUCCUUAUCCUUCUGACAGUAGCAGAUGCAUUGCUACAAUUUGUAAAAAGAAUCGCUGGAGUUUGAGUUUAUCUCAUCGAAGAAGCAAAUACACUUUGCUGAUGGGUGUCGGCUUCUCUAUCGGGUUUGUGUAGAUAGUUGUCUCCGCUGUUCUAGUUGAGUGAAUGGUCCAACAAGUUUAGAUGACAUGUUGAUGGAAGAUAUGAACAAUAUAUUAUGAUGUGUGGAUGGAGUAGUAACUAAAAUAUGCUAUCACAUGCUUAGACAUGUUUAAUUCGCUUCGUAAUGUGUGAAAUAGGGACACUUGGGGUCCCUUGUAUAUUUAUGAUGUGGAAGACUGAGUUGUUUUAAUCUAGACCUGUCUAUUAGCUUCUGGAACAGGCUCA